UUAUACAUAGUCGGUCAGGGUGCAUAGCGUAUUUAACCAAAAUGAAAAGAACCAAAGAGGGGGGGAUUUUUUAUACGCCUGCAGCCAAAUGCGUCAAAAAGCAAAAGUGAAAGGUCCUGUUACAUAAUGGGGCCGUUGAAGAGUUGGCGACAGAAACACACGGAUACAUCAUACAUCACAGUGGGUCGGCAGAAACAACCUCUGCAAGCUGAGCGACACUUGAGAAUCUUUUAUAUACUCUCACUCCUUGGAAGUUAUUGCUAGUGUUUGUUUCAACUUUGAAGCCCAGCAAGGAGAAUGGGGCAGCGUGUAAUGUACAGCACCAUUCUCCCACUUCUUGUGACGGCAAAUUGGUUAGUGCUCCCCGGAGUUUCCUCUGCCAAUGAGACCUCAGCUGUGGGGGAUCCAGGAAUGCGGAGAGAUGGGCUGAGAGUGGCAUUUGAAGCAUGGAACUUCUGCAACGAAGUUGGCCAAGAAGCCCCGGACAUGGGCAGCCCCAGGGCUGCCGAUUGCUUCGAUCUUUCAAAUGGUUCUCUAAUCCACAAAGUCACAGAAGCUGACAACAAACUUGGUGUUGGGGUGUCAUUUCCGGGUGUGAGUCCAAAUGCUUUAAACAAUCCAGACCUUUACGCCGUGGAGAAGGAGCUGUAUCUUGGCUCACUCUGUGAAAUUUCAGACACCCCUAAACCGUGGCAAUUUUGGAUGGUGAUGUUGAAAAAUGGCAACUACGACACCAAUUCUGGUCUCUGUCCUGAGAAUGGUAAAAAGGCACCACCUUUCAAACCAGGCAGAUUUCCAUGUUUUGGAAGUGGAUGUAUGAAUCAGCCCAUCCUCCAACAUCAGCCUACAGCUCUAGAUGGGAAUGGAAUUAUGAGGGGUGGGUUUAAUGGCAGCUAUGAUUUGAACUCCACAGCUGGAAGUACGGUUUCUUAUUUUGAGGUGGUAUGGGAGAAAAAAGUUGGGUCUGGGGGUUGGGUGUUUGCUCAUAAACUAAGGACCUCAACAAAGUACCCGUGGCUCAUGUUGUACCUGAGAGCUGAUGCAACCAAAGGAUAUUCCGGCGGCUACCACUAUGACACUCGGGGAAUGCUAAAAACACUUCCAGAGUCUCCUAAUUUUAAGGUAAGAUUGAGCUUGGAUAUCAAGCAGGGCGGAGGCCCGAAGAGCCAGUUUUACUUGAUUGACAUUGGGAGCUGCUGGAAAAACAAUGGCGCCCGUUGUGACGGAGACGUGCUAACUGAUGUAACCAGAUACUCUGAGAUGAUUGUCAACCCAGAAACUCCUGCCUGGUGCAGCCCCACAAAUAUUGGCAACUGCCCCCCGUACCACAUCACUCCCAACAACACCAAAAUACUGAGGACCGACGCCGCACACUUCCCUUAUGGAGCAUAUCACUAUUACUGUGCCCCAGGCAAUGCCCAGCACCUGGAGAAGCCAUACAGCACUUGUGAUCCGUACAGUAACCCACAAGCACAAGAGUUGCUGCAGUUGCUUCCUCAUCCAAUAUGGGGGGAGUACGGCUACCCUACCAAUCAGGGAGAUGGUUGGAUUGGAAAUGGCAGAACCUGGGAGCUCGAUGUUGGAGGGCUUUCCAGUAGACUUUAUUUCUACCAGGAUCCAGGUAGCCCUCCUGCAAGAAGAAUAUGGACCUCUAUUGACGUGGGAACUGAAAUUUUUGUCAGUGAUCAGGAACAAGUGGCUGAAUGGACUCUCAGUGACUUAGAUGUCAUUCUGACUUAAUGAAAAUCCAUGAGAAUCAUGUCCAAGCCCUUUACCCGCUCAGAACAAGAAAAAACGAGCUCAGUCGAAACUAUGCUUAUAAUUCUUUUACUAACAGAAAGCAUGCCCAAAGGAUCAAAAGUGGCAGCAUGAUAGUUUGAUCUCACAGCAGUUGUAUUUUUUGGAACCCAAAAAAAAAUGUGAAAUAGGAAAAUCUGUCUUGUUUUUC